UAGAGAGUUAUUUAUGAUAUGGCAUGCAAAGAAAACCAGAAUCUACAACACCUUCCAAUUAUAAGCUCCUUUGUGCUCCACAUAUCCUACUGCGUGUGGUUCUUCUUCCUCUCUUCUCUCCAAGCAUAUGCUCCACAAACGAGACCUAGGACAAGCUGAAAAAAACAAAUGAAGCCCCAUUUCCUCAUCUCCUUCUUUGUCCUCUACAUUAUUCUCACUUCCAACUCUAUUGUUUCAGCCACUUCUCAAACACAUUUUUUCCAACAAAAGCCCAACAACGAGACCAUACUGAGGAUCCCAAAGCAACUAUGCUGGGGUUGCAUAGGAGAGUCCCUAGAAUUUUUGUACCAACACAAUUUGGUCAGGGCAAACAAGUGGGAGAUGCCUUUGAUGUGGGACUUUCAGCUUGAAAAAUAUGCUCAAUGGUGGGCAGGCAUAAGAAAAUCGGACUGCAAGUUGGAGCAUUCGUUCCCGGAAGGCGAGUUCAAGCUCGGAGAGAACAUAUACUGGGGCAGUGGCUCGACUUGGACGCCGAGUGACGCAGUGAAUACAUGGGCAGCUGAAGAGAAGUACUAUACUUAUGUGACAAAUACGUGUGAGGCUGGGCAAAUGUGUGGGCAUUAUACUCAAAUUGUGUGGAAGAGUACAAGAAGAGUUGGGUGUGCUAGGGCUGUGUGUUGAUGGAGAUGUGUUUAUGACUUGUAAUUAUAAAACUUAGUUGGCACAAUCACUUUAAUAGCAUAUAUAUAUAUAUAUAUGCUAAACGUGGAGGGUUCGAGUUGGCUAUUAAAAUUCAAUCCCCGCUCUUUCCCGAACACCACACUCAAAAAAUUCUCCGUACCCGUCUCCAUACCCUUUUUUUAUCCUUGAUACCCGACCCAUUAA